AUGCGAAAGAAUGCUCUGGGCGGAGUUGAGCCCUGGACAUCGGCUUAUUCGAGAUUCUCGAACGAUUCAUACUCCCAAGCGCCCUACAAAUCCAAGGCCCUCAUCCUGUUAUCAGUCGUGGAGCUGUCAGCAACUACACUAGCUCCGUCAAUGAUGCACGCGCCGCGUAUCAGAAUGCUAUCAUGUGUAUAUCACAAAGGAUCAAGCUCAUUGAAUCGGUCGACUACAAUUCUCGAAGCCUGGGGGACUAAUCUGACCAAUAUCAUUGGUACGGAUCGCUCGCUGCUUGUCGGCAUCAAUGGUGUUGUCUUCGCCAACGCUGCAGAGAUUAUGCGCUGGGAGGGUGGAUGGGUCGAACAGACUGCAUCCUGGAAAGGUAGCGCUGGUUUCAGCAUCCAGCUGUACUGGCUAUUUGCCCGACAGAGCAUCAUCAUCGGGCAGGCCAACUACGGUGUUGCCAGCAUUAUGGGUCUACUCAAUUUUGCUGUCUACCUGGACGACGUCGCUCUGUACAAUUAUGCUCUCUAUGCGUACAAGAACGACCUUUGCGCCGGUUUAUCUGCAAACCUCCUUGAUGGUACGGGUCAAUUUACCGAGGCAGCCCGGGAUCAGACACAUGUCCAGGACGGGCUCCAGUGGCUGUCGAUGGCUUCCAAAGUGGUGAAGAAUCAGGGAUACGACCUCUUUUCGCUGGAUGAUAACCUGCUAUUCGAGGGAUCCGAAUAUGCGGCCAAGUACAACUUGAAUGAAACCGUGCCCUACGAUCCGUCGUUCUACAGAUGUGAAGCGGUCUUGCUCAACGGGCCGUGGGCAAAUAUCUCUGCAGAGAAUCGGUAUAUCGGGUAUCAGAAUGGAAAGACUAAUCCAGCAUGCUGGGGUCUCCCCUACUACGAGGGCAUUUCUCGCGGUUUAGACCUUCCGUUCACAAAACGCGCAAAGGCCGUUCACGAUGCAUCAGUCGCGGGUCAGAGUUCCCCAGUCGAUCUCCUUGCCUGGGCUGAUCUGCUGUUUGCAACCAAGGCACACUCGGCACACUCCGACAAAUAA